AUGGCAGCCGCUAACAGUGACCAGGAGAUAGACGAGCUGAAAAUUCACACCACCACAGCAUUCGACUGGGAGGCUGAGAAGAGGAAAAAUACAAACGUAUUUGACGAUGGGACCAACACGUUUUUCUGGAGAGCCCACACCAUUACGGUCCUCGUCGUUUUCAUUGGCUUUCUCGUCUACAUCGCCUUAUUCGAGGAUCCCAUCAAUGACUCGGAAUACAACAGCAGAAGGGGUGUUGCUGCAGUGGUUCUUGCCUUCCUGUUGUUUGGAGUAACAGUGACUCCCGAUGGACCAUUCAAACGCCCACAUCCAGCGAUGUGGCGUUUGGUUCUGUGUGUUAGCAUUGUUUACGAGUUGGCGUUGGUGUACCUUCUGUUCCAGACUCCUGCCGAUGCCAGAAACCUGCUUCGUCAUAUAGACUCGAGUCUUGGUAAACCCUUACCAGAGAAAAACUAUGGAGGCAACUGCUACAUAUAUGACUCGGAUCAUCCUGACCCAUUCCAUAAUAUCAAAGAUAAAGCUGACCUAUUUGUGAUAUCCCACUUUCUUGGCUGGUGGGCAAAGUCGCUGUUUCUACGAGAUUGGUGGAUCUGUACGGUUUUGAGUGUUAUGUUUGAAGUAUUGGAGUACACCUUCGAACAUCAGCUUCCAAACUUCUGCGAAUGUUGGUGGGAUCAUUGGAUCAUGGACGUGGUACUGAGUAAUGGACUAGGGAUUUACGUCGGAAUGAAGACUGUGAAAUACUUAAAAAUGAAACCGUAUCACUGGCGAGGCAUGUGGAACAUCCCCACCUACCGGGGUAAGAUUAAGCGGUUCGCAAUGCAGUUUACCCCCUACAGCUGGACGGAAUUCGACUGGAACCCUCUGUCAAGUUUGCGUCGGUGGCUAGCAGUCAUUGUUCUGAUUGGACUGUUUCUGCUCGUGGAAAUAAACGAUUUUUACAUCAAGUUUGUUUUGUGGAUUCCACCUGAACACUACCUCAAUGUCAGUAGGAUCGUGUUAGUCCUAUUCAUGGCUGCUCCGUCCGCAAGGGAGGCGUUUCAGUAUCUGGACGACCCAACAUGUAAAAAGAUGGGACGACAGUUCUGGCUGAUCAGUAUAAUUGCCAUUACGGAAGUCUUACUUGCCUUAAAAUUUGAAUGGGAAACAGUAACCAAACCUAUCCCCAGUAAAAUCACUUACAUGUGGCUUCUAGGACUGGUUGGCUUAGUACUACUCACUAUCUGGAAAUUUUAUAUAUACCGUGAUGUGAAAAAUGAUGUGCCCUACACCCACAGGGAGUACCAACGUAGACGGGCGAUAAAUAAGCAGAAAGGCACCACUAUCGCAAGUGACGACUCACGUUCAUUCCAGUUUGAAGCCAGACGUCGACGUUUUCUCGAAAAGCCGUCUAAUGAUGGAACGGACAAGCAAUAA